ACAAAAUCUUAACUUUCUUUUUCCAAAUAUAACAUCAGCUAUUUGAUUAUUCAUUUCAACAGUUACCGAAAAUGGCCAUGGUUACAGCUUUGGUGAACGACAGAGCAGUAGUUAUAUUCAGCAAAAGCUCUUGCUGCAUGUCCCACACUAUUAAGACAUUGAUAAGCAGUUUUGGAGCAAAUCCCACCGUUUAUGAGCUCGAUGAGCUUCCAAAUGGACAGCAAAUAGAGAAGGAACUCAAAAAAUUAGGGUGCAAGCCAAGUGUACCUGCCGUUUUCAUUGGAGGAGAGCUGAUUGGGGGUGCCAAUGAGAUAAUGACUAUUCAUCUGAAAGGACAGCUGGUGCCGUUGCUCCUCAAGGCUAAUGCUAUAUGGCUUUGAGAAAUAGAGUUAGAGUUAUGGUAUUACCACUAUAUAUAUAGGAGCAGUUUGAUGCUCCUACGGGUGUUAGAGCAGGAGAAAAAACGAGUAGUUUUUGUGCUUUCCUUUUGUGCUCUUUUUUAUAUGACCGUCGACAAUGUACGAAUGUGUCAACUUCCACAUGUAAUUUUUCUUACUUUUGGAACAAACAAGAGAUACAAUUAUCUAUAUAUUUAAGUUGUUAUUGUUA